ACCUCCCGUAUAUAGCCAUUUUAUUUGUUUGUAUCUGAUCGCUAGUAUAAUGAACCAACGAGAAGAAAUAAACGGCACUUCUAGCAAAGGAGAAGAGAUGACAUUAACGUGGAAACAGCGGGGCAUGUCGAUAAUAGUUUCAAACGUUCCGGAGACGCUAUUCGACGACUAUGACGUCAAGGCUGAGUUUGAAGCUCUGUUUGAGUCUUGUGGAGACAAAGCAACUUUCUACUACUUAAAGCAUAUGUCUCGUGUGAGAAUUGAUUACACUAAGGCUGAUUCAGUGUCAUGGGCUCUCCAGACAUUCAAAGGACAACGUUUUUACAAUCUGCCUCUAAGAGUACAACGUACAAGACUUGUCAUGGGAGGAAAGAGUCACUUAAUGCCUCCAACACCACAAAAACAAUUUCUUAUCUCACCACCAGUCUCACCUCCAUUUGACUGGGAACACUCACGAGAGAAUGCUCCUGUUGCUUCCAUGGUCAAUUAUGAUUUACUCACUGCUGUGGCUGGGCUAUCAGACAAGCCAUUUGAACUGCAUUCUUCUUCAGACAUAGGUCAUCCAAGUAUAAUGGUUAUUGCUCCUCAGGACAAAGACGAUAAUGAGCAACAAGAAUUCAUGAAUACUGACCCUCUAAGGGUUGCUAUAGCUGGGUCCAAUAUACAUACUAAAAGACCACCCAUGCCGCAGUAAAGUUUUCUUUAGUACUUAUGCUUAGGACAUAACAUAGUAUAAAGUAAAAGGUCUAACAUAACUGUAUUUUAUUUGUAGGCACGUGUCUUUCAGUGUAUACUACGUGUACUAUGUGGACUGAUGGAUCCACAACUAUGUUAUGUGUGAAACUGUUUAGAUGAAGGGAGUUUCUAAAAUGUUGAGUAGUCAUAGUAAUCUAUGCAUAGCUAAUUAGCAAAAAGUGUCAACAGUGAUAUAAUAAGAGUGGAAACUGUCAUCUAUCGAUCGAUUGAUUGUAGUUG